AACACCUUCCUUUGAGGAGGGGAGGAUGCUUGCCCAAGGUCACACAGCCAAGUUGGAGGGACCAGAGCCCUGCCUUGCUCAUUUAUCUGGUUUUCUGAGGAUUUGAUUCUGGGACCAGGCCAGGAGCUAGAUGACAAAGGGAGAAUGUCUGAGACAACCAGUAGGGUUGACUCUACACUCUGCAGGGUACACAGUAGGUGCACAGUAAAUGUUGCAUGGAUUGCUGUAGGACCAUGGUGAUUGAUAGUUUCCUGACUUUUCACUGGGUCUUGGGAGACUUGGGAGGCAAGAUGGUAUAGAGUGUGGGGGUGGGGGGCAGCAAAAUGCCUUGGUCCAAACAAUAACCUGAAUGUUAGUUUUUUUCCAUAGCAGCUUUAUUGAGAUAUAAUUCACAAAGCACAGAACUUACCAAUUUAAAAGGAACAAACCAGUAGUUUUUAGUACAGUUGAAACUUGAACUACAUGAGUUUGAACUGUGCAGGUCAACUUAAUACUGGAAUUUUUUCAAUAAAUACCUGUACUGUUUUCCAUCUGUGGUUGGGAGCCCACAGAUACAGAGGGCCAACUGUAUGCAUUGUUCUCCGCCAUUUUAUAUAGCGGACUUGAGCACUGGGGGUUCCUAGAACCAAUCUUCCUUAGAUACCAAGGGACAACUAAGUUUAGAGGGAGUCAAACGUUAUUCGCAGUUUUUCGAGUGCAUGGGGUUUGGUGCCUCUAACCCCCACGUUCAAGGGUAUAUUCACAGUCAGUUUGAGAACAUUUUUAUCACCUCCAUAGCCUUUAGCUGUCACCCUUCUAUCUCCCUCUAGCCCAUUCUGGACAUUUCAUAAAAAUAGAAUCAUAUAAUGUGUUCUUUGUGACAUGUUUCUUUCACUUAAAGAAUGUUUUCACAUAACGUUUUCAACGUUCAUCCACAUUGUAGCGUGGAUCAGGGUUUCAGUCCUUUUAUGGCCAAAUAAUAUUCCACUGUAUGGAUAAACCUCAUUUUGUUUAUCUGCUCAUCUAUUGAUAAACACAUAGGUUGUUUCCACCUUUUGCUAUUAUUACAAUUAAUGUUACUAUAAACAUUUUCGUACAGCUUUUGUGUGGACAAAGGUUUUCAUUUCUUUUGGGUAGAUAACCAGGAGUGAAAUUCCUGGCGCACAUGGUGACUCUCUUUAAUGGCCAUAGUACCUUGGGCAGCUUUCUUUAUCUCUCUGGGCCUUGGUUUACUCAUCUAUAAAAUGAUAAUAGUAGUGUCUCCCUUACAGGGGCUUUGUGAGAAUUGAAUGAAAUAAUAAAUGUAAAGUGCUCAGAACAGAGCAAGGAAAACAGACGCCAGUGGUAUAGCUGCAACUAUUUCUGGUCUAGUACUGCUUAUUAAUGAGCUGCCAUUUAUUUCAGUAGGCAUCUACUGGCCCCAUGAAACAGAUGCAUUUGGGAUUCAUUCCUUCUCGUUUGCCCUUACUGUGGCUUGCCCGAGGUCCAGCCUAGCCCCUAGACACCAUGUCAGACAGUGAUCUGGGCGAGGAUGAAGGCCUCCUCUCCCUGGCAGGCAAGAGGAAGCGCAGAGGGAACCUGCCCAAGGAGUCGGUGAAGAUCCUCCGGGACUGGCUGUAUUUGCACCGCUACAAUGCCUACCCCUCUGAGCAGGAGAAGCUGAGCCUUUCUGGACAAACCAACCUAUCAGUGCUGCAGAUAUGUAACUGGUUUAUCAAUGCCCGACGGCGACUUCUCCCAGACAUGCUUCGGAAGGACGGCCAAGACCCCAACCAGUACACCAUUUCCCGCCGCGGGGGUAAGGCCUCAGAUGUGGCCCUCCCCCGUGGCAGCAGCCCCUCAGUGCUGGCAGUGUCUGUACCGGCCCCAGCCAGUGUGCUCUCCUUGUCCAUGUGCUCCAUGCCACUCCACUCAGGCCAGGGAGAGAAGCCAGCAGCCCCCUUCCCACAAGGGGAGCUGGAGCCUCCCAAGCCCUUGGUGACCCCGGGUAGCACACUCACGCUGCUGACCAGGGCCGAAGCUGGAAGCCCCACAGGUGGACUCUUCAACACACCGCCGCCCACACCCCCAGAGCAGGACAAGGAGGACUUCAGCAGCUUCCAGCUGCUGGUCGAGGUGGCGCUACAGAGGGCUGCUGAGAUGGAGCUCCAGAAGCAGCAGGACCCGUCACCCCCGUUACUGCACACUCCCAUCCCCUUAGUGUCUGAAAACCCCAAGUAGGCAUCUGCCAACAGGGGUGCUCGAGGCUCGAGCCAGCUGUCCUGGGUUUCUGUUUUGGUUCCCUUUCAUACAGAGGGUUUUCUCUGGAUCACUGCCAAACAUCAGGAUCAUCUCCUCUGU